AUGGACACACAACCCUUAGCAGGUAUUAUUGGGAAAAGUAUAAAGAAAGCACCAAUGAAGACACAGUUGAAGAGUUAUCCUGAAACAGAUACAGUACACUUGACAGACAUGUUCAGAGGUGGUAAAGUAUUUAAUGCAAUGAAGACACAACCACAGAGUCACCAUGAUUCUAACACAGAGCCCUUGGUAGUUGCUAUUGCAAGAGGCAUAAUAAUGGGCUCAGACGGGCCACAAUUAGAGAGCCCACCAGAUACUGACAAAGAACUCUUGGCUGAUACUGUUGGCGAAAGUAUACUGAAGGAGCCAGUGAAGACACAGUUCAUGGGUGUUCCUGGUAUGAGUUUACUUAAAAACAAGGGUAUGUUCAUGCAGCAUCAAAAAGAUAUUUACAAGCACCCUGUGCUAAGUAAACUCCCAACAAAACUGUUUUUGGAAAAUCAAGAAAACUUUGAAGACUCUUCACCCUAUUUGACAGAACCUCCAAAGGCAAUUCACAACACAUCUAAAAUUGCUUCGCAGAAUUCCAGAUUUACUCCAUUUCCUCCACUGAAUAAAAUGCCAUCAGCAGCAGUUCUUAACGGCUUCCCGGCCAUUCUUGCUCACUUUGUCGUUGAGGAAAGCAAUGCCUAA